UUGGACUCGAAUGGCGGAAUCAGAUGGAGUGAAUUGUGUGUGGACCACUUGCAAAACUGCUAUAAACAUCACUUGACACACUGUAUACAUGCCGUGCCAUCUGCAUGAAGUGCCCAUUGUAAGGAUUAUUGUGACUAGUCCGGAAAACUACACUCCUUUACCUUUCAGUCAGUAGUCUUGAUUUCGUAUGAAGGGAGUCACUGAACACUAUUUUACGGACAAUUGUGUUAACAACGUUUUUGUAGAAACGCUGGAGAUGAAUUCGGAAAACAAGCAUCGUCUUUAUGUCAAACCAAAACUUGCGGACCACGUAAGCAUGCAAGGCGUAACGCAGGUCACUGACGUCACUUCCGGUACACUGCGGCGUUCUCUCUGGUUCCUUGUCAUAUGUGGAGGAGUUAUGUUCACCGCCUUCAACAUCGCCAAACAAAUUCAGUUGUUUGUGUCAAGCCCUGUCAGCGUUGACGUCGACGUCAAGUUAGCGCAGACGCUGCCGUUUCCAGCUGUGACCGUGUGUAACACUAACAUAGCGAAGAGAUCGUUUAUAGAGAUGUAUGGCAUCACUGAAGAUUUAACAAAUGAAUUGAGAUAUGACUUUCAAGAUGUCGGCUUAAACAUAACCCGUCACUUUGGAUCCGAGAAGAUUGAUCAUUAUUACACAGAGUUUAGUCACACCAUCUACGACUCGCUACUGUGGUGCACUUGGGGAGAUGCAACGUGUGGGUUCGACAACUUCACACAAACGGUGACAGAGAGUGGGCUAUGCUUCACAUUCAAUGCACAAGGGACGGCCUUCGUGCGGAACUCGGGCAGACAUUACGGGUUGAAAAUGGCUUUGGACGUGAAGUCGGAGGAGUUUACCCGCAGCCGCCAGAACACAGAAGGAGAGGGGUUCAUGAUUACCAUCCAUUCUCCCGACACCCCUCCGGUGAUAACGGACACAGGAAUGGCGGUGUCGCCUGGUUCACAGUACUUCUUUGGGCUUGGAAUGCAGGAGAUGGAUGCUUCAGAAGGACUGGACAACUGUGGCAGACGGAAACUGAAGUAUUUCGAAGGAAAAUACUCGCGUGAAGCUUGCCGUAAAGAAUGUUUUACCGACUACCUCUUAAAGGCGUGCUCCUGCCGUGAAGCCUACAUGCCUGGUAACGCCAAAUUGUGCGAAUCGGAGGUCGUUAUCGACUGUAUCAAUCCAAGUACGGAGCAGUACCUCCUUUCUAGACCUGACUGCGAAUCUACCUGCCCGGACACCUGCUCGUACAACACCUUUACUUUGAAGACUGCGUCUAGUCUGAGAGUGACAGAUGAGUAUCUGUCAACGUUGGCUAACGAAACUGGCGAUUAGCUGGAAUACUGGAGACGUAAUUUUGUGGCAAUUGAGGUGUAUCACUCAUCCAUGUCCUAUCCGUACAUCAGGAAGCGAUA